GUUACCCUGAGUGAGAAAAAAGUGAGAAAGAGAAAAGAGAAUUUUUUUUGUUCUAUUCUUUUUCAUUUGGAUAUUAAUGUUUCCAUUAUUUACUUUGUUUCUUAUUUAUUUCUUAUUACCUUUUUCUUUAAUUGUUCUGUUUGUGAUUAUGGUUAAAGUGAAUAGAUUAUCUGGUGAUGUUCGUGCCGAUGGAAAGACGAUAAUCAUCACCGGUGCUAAUCGAGGAAUCGGUCGGACCACAGCGAUUGAUUUAGCCCGAAGAGGAGCAAAGCUCAUCUUGGCUUGUCGCAAUUUAGAAUCUGGGACUAAAGUGGCCGAAGAGAUUAAAAGUGAAACUGGUAAUCAAUCAGUGGCCGUUUUACCUCUUGAUUUGUCUUCAUUUCAAUCAAUUAAAUCGUUUGCCGAUACAAUUAAGGAGAAAGAGGAUAAAAUUGAUGUUCUCAUUAACAAUGCUGGAAUCUAUGGUGAUGGUGAACGGAAAUUAACUCAAGACGGUAAUGAGUUACACUUUCAAUCCAAUCAUUUGGGACCAUUUUUGUUAACCCGUUUACUUGUACCCAAAUUGAAGGCUACCACACCCUCUAGGAUUGUUAAUGUUUCCUCUGAGGCUCAUCGAUUAAACCGAUCAAUUGAUUUGGAUGAUGUUAAUUUUGAGAAAAAAUAUUCUCCCUAUACUUGUUAUUGUGUUACCAAAUUGGAAAAUAUUUUAUUCACUAAUUAUCUUGCUGGUGAACUUAAAGAUUCUGGUGUUACGGUUAAUUGUCUUCAUCCUGGUACCAUUGAGACUGAUUUAUUGAACAAUUCAGCUUUUAACAAGUAUUUCUAUCGUUGGCUUGGUCCACUCAAACGUUUCUUGUUGAGAACGGAAGAGGAAGGAGCUCAAACUACCAUUUAUUGUGCCUUGGAACCGACAUUGGAAAAUAUUAGUGGAAAAUAUUUUGACAAUUGUCAAGAAAAGAGGACAACCAAUCUUGCUAUGGAUCUUUCUCUUGCUAAAAAGCUUUGGGAUAUCUCGGAAAAGAUGACAGCAAAUUACCUUGGAUUAACUAAUUCGUUUGAUGGAUCAACUGAUAAUAAUUAGACAACUUUCAAGCUGAUUCUCAGGUCUUGAGAGAGAGAGAGAGACUGAUUAACAUCAAUCUCAAUCUUCAUCAAAAGGCUUACUAAUCUUAAUCACCAUGGAUGAAAUUUUCAAAUCUUAUCAAGAUGAUUUGUAUUUCUUUCACUUAAUUCAAUUGAAAACUACUUUCUCUACAUUUCUUACCUGUGCUAAUCACUAAUUACUUAGAUGAUCAAAAUCAAAACAAAGACGAUAAAUAAUCUUGGCAAAUUACAGAUACUUUACAUACUAAUUAAAUUCUGAUCUCUAUCAAUCUAGUUAGAUAUUCUAACAGCAUAAUGCAAUCACAAUUAAUUGUGAGUACAUAUUGUCCUCAUCUAAUCAUCACAAUCGAUUCAAUUAAUUUGCCAAGGUCAACAUACAAAUCCAAUUCAUGACAAAUAAUCACUGAUAUUUUUGUUAUCAAUUCAAUAUAAUCCCUGUUUUAAUUAUCAUAAUCAUUUUAAUUGUUCUGUUUCAUGUUACAAUUUUUUAAUCUAUUGAUAUUAACUUUGUCCAUGGUAAUUAAAUCACAUGUAAUCUGAUUUAUUACUAAAUCUGUUAGAUCAUUGUAAUUGUUUGGAUUAAAAUAUUAACAUCUUCAAGGAGAAAA